AUGUCCUGUACAUCCACUCCCAUACCCGCACCCCCAACGACCCUCACUUCCUGCGCCGUUCCCAUUGGCGGUUCGAACUCCUCCAUCCUCGACACCUGUUGUAAUGGCCACAUCAACGCCAUGGCGACCUACUCCGCCCCCGGCUCAUCAUCCAACGCCCGGUCAGGCAACGGAUGCUUCCAAUUCUGCGUCACCGACGACCCGGACUUUGUAUCUGGCUGCUUAACGAACACACUUGGGGAGUACGAAAAGGAUACACUGAACUUCGAAUGUUUCAACGUCGGGAGUGCCAAGAAGGAUCGUAGUGCGAGCGGGGGUGCCUAUGAGAGCGGGGGAGAGAGGGUCGCGGUGAGGUGGAGUGUCACGGUAUUUUUGGGCUUGGGGUUUGUUGGUGCGGUCUUGGGAAGUCUGUAA